UGACUAAUGACAGUUCGUCGGCCAUGUUCAGCCAUAAUUCGGAUCAAAAAUCGCAAAUAUUGAUAGAAAGUUAUUGAAAAAGUGCCAAAAAACCGUCAGUUUCCGCUCAAAAACUAUGUGCCCCAUAAAUUAGAGACUUCAGUGAUGUGACCCGGACAAAAACAACCCCGCGAGGAUUCCCACAAUCACACCUACGAGUGUCGCUCGGUAAAAAGAGAUGCCGCCACCCCCGCCACCGGGGCCGCCUCCGCCCCCAGCCAACUUCUCACUGCCAAAAUUAGGGGGAGGAGGAGGGGCGGACAACAGAGGCGCCCUCCUCAGCUCCAUAAGACAAGGCACCAAACUGAAAAAGACUGUCACCAACGAUAAGAGCGCCCCCCUUAUUGCCGCAGGAAAGGUCGGCGGGGCGAGCAACAAUAAUUCGGGAGGAGGCAACCACGAGGCCCCGAUGGUGAACAAAAGUGCCCCCAAUGGGCUUCCCCUGGCCGGUCUUUUUGCUGGUGGAAUGCCCAAGUUGAAGGCCACAGGGAGAUUGGGGUCUUCCACUUUAUUAUCGAACAAUGUGAACAACAACGAGGUGGAGAAGGGACAAAAGAGCGCCGCCGCGAAGAAUUUUAACAGUAUACAGGACCAGUUGAAGCGGCAGCUGCAUCAUCCCAGUGAUACGAGGACCAGGGGGCCACCCCCACCCGCCCCUAUGAGAAAUAUAUCGGAGGACAACGACAGACCGAUUUUGCAGCAGCAAAACAGCGCGAACGGGAGUCUACAGCCGAACGUGUCGAGGCUGCACGCGAACAACAGCACCCUGCACCGAAAGUCGAAAAGUAACGCGAACUUGACCACGUUGGACGCGACUGAUAAUGGAACUUUUAGGCCUCCACCGGUGAUUAACCAUGGGAAACCGAAUUUGGCACCGAAACCACCAGUUUUGAAUGGUAAACCAGCUCCACCUACCGCCUUAUCGAUGAAUUCGAAGAAGAUAAGCAGGGCGCAGAGUAUGCGGACGCCCCGCAGCCCCUCGCCCCAAAGUCCCACCCAGACCAACGAGGGCAUAAAAUUCGGGACCGUGAGGAACAUGAGCUCGCUCAUCGGACAAUCGUUAACGAAUUUAAACUCAUCGGCGAGUCCGAGACCUCGUCCGCCGUUAACGAACAGACCGUCGGUGCCGCCGCCGUCGGUGCCGCCUCCCGCCGUCCCUCAGCAAAAACCCGCCCUGUCGGUGAAACCGCCGAGCCACGCGCCUCCGCCGCCCCCCACGGUCGCCGCCCCGCAGCCUCCCAAUCACGCGCCGCCCCCGCCGCCGCCCCAUAAGACGACGCAGGCGUUGUCGCAGCCCAGCAGACCCCCGCCGGCGGUGCCGACGAACAAUAGUGCCGGGGUGGUGAACCCGCCCCCGCCGCCCCCGAGGCACUCUUCGAUGCGCGACGUGAAUCAGACGCCCCGAAGGGCGGCAGUCGAUUUGGAAGAGAAGUUCCGGGGGUCUUUCAGUACUCCGGACCGAUUUCCGAGGCCGCCCCCCUAUAGGAACGUCUUAAAGUUGUAUUCGAACCGGCAAGCGAUUGGGAAACAGCAGGCCCCGCUGCCCCCCCAGCAAAACAAACUGUGGAACCCCACGUCGACUUGCUAACGUUUAGAUUAACCUGAUUGUUUUUGACAAUCUGGGAAUCUUUUAUUUAAGGUCCCAGUAAGAGAGGUGUUAUUAAAUUGGGAGGGGGAAAUGUAGUCUUGCUGAUUGACUGAAAAGUAAGGGUUUGUUUCAGAUUUACAAGAGAUCCGAUAAAAAGGAGAACAUUUUCGGUUCUUCUGCCUUACCAGGCCUUGGAGUAAACAAAUUGUUUCUUCCAGGCAUUUGGACAGAAAAGCUGCGCAAUUUUAUCUGGAAGUAAAUUAGCGCUGGGGUGUCUGGAAGGGAUUAUCUCUUUAGUUACCGGCAAAAAAUUGACAAAAUUCGAAGUGUUUUGACCCUUCCAAACCCUCGAAGUAACCGAUCGUCUUUUCCAGGCGUUUGGAGAGCGAUGUUGCUGAAGAAAUUGCGAAAUUAGUCCAGGAGUACCUGAAAGUUAAUCAUCCCUUAAAAAAAUGACAAAGUUUCCGAUUUUUUCGACUUUUCCAAGCCCUUGAAGUGACAAAUGGUCUCUUCGAUACAUUCGGACAGAAAAACUGCUUAAAUCAAGUUUAACGUCCAGGGAAAGUUAAUUGGUUCAUUAUUUGCAAAAUCCAAAUUACCAGUAGCAGUCACGAAUGAUUAUAAGAUUAAACGAACUUACCUAAGUGAAGUUUGAUCAUAAUUAUAUGACUUACGGCCUCUUCCGAAUAGAUCACUAUGUAAUUUGAUGUUUUGCUAACGAGUUUUGGCAAACUGCAGGCCUACCUAUAUCGAUUAGACGACUACUUAUAUCGAUUCGACGUUCUUAGUUUAAAGUCGGAUGAUAACUUCUCUGCUUUCACACGUUCACCCAAAUUUUGGUCAAAUAACUACAGCCAUCCGCAGACACAUUAGUUAGGGUCGCUCGAAGUUUUUUGUCCACAUCCACUGAAACCAAAUUUCUUCGACAAGAAGACUGCUCGUGGUGAAUGUCGGCAACUAAGCGUCCUGCAUCACUCAGCCACUCUAUGAGCAAUUUGGGGUUUGCCUGUGCUUCUCCCCCUUCCUUUAGCAGCGUCGAGAUUGCCACUAGCACAGCUCCUGUUUGGUUUUGACUCUUGGACAACCUUUCAUCCCGAUUUUUAUGCUGUUCAAUUAGGACAGCUAAGACCUCCAAAUUAAGUUGAGGAGCUCUCGCAAGCUUAAGGUUAUUUGGGGGGAAGUAUUUUUUCGAUAUGGUGGCCAAUACCUCGGAGUCAAGCCCUUCUUGUAGUAUUUGCGACCAAAUUUGUGCAACAUCAUUAUUUAAAUCAUUUGUAUUUUUCUGAUUUGCGGUGUUGUUUUUUUCCAGAAGAGCAAGAAAAUCUUCUGGGAUCGUAUUGUUUGCGUCAGUAAUGUUGUCAUUCUCUGAAAUAAAUGAGAGAAAUGAAACAUAAACUUUCGAAAAGUUGCCAAAAAAUGCCAAAACUCGUUGGCAAAAAAGUUCUUUCUUUUUUAUAUCGACAAGGUAGGCCUGCAGUUUGCCAAAACUCGUUAGCAAAACAUCAAAUUACAUAGUGAUCUAGAGGAAGAGGCGGGAAAUAUAAUUUAUGAUUUUUCACGCUCGAUUUAUUCGAAUACAAACAUUCAUUCAUUAUUCUCAAAGAGACCAACAUACAAAAUUGACGAAAAUUCACCUUUUCUCUCUAUGUUUGGCAAGGAAAACUUCAAACAGAGAAAAUCAUGUCUACACCCAAAGAAACUCCUGAACAUCAUUAAGAUUUAUUAUUGUAAAUUGAUGAACAAAGAUUAAAUUAAUGUGUAUUAUAAGCAAAUUGCACAAAUGCCGCAGAAAACUGCUUGUUUCUAGCCAACGUUUCGAACUAUAUUAAUUAAUUUACCUUCAAAGUUCUCUCGCGUUAAUUUCUAACUAAGAUUUAUAAGGUAUUUGGAUCAUGAAUUUAAAUUAAGUCCUCGAAGUAACCAAUUGUCUCUUCCAGGCAUUUGGAAAACAAAGAUACUAAAGUUACUGGAAGAAGUUGAGGAGUUAGUCCGGGGGUGCCUGGAAGAGAUUUUUUCUUUAGUUACUGGCAAAAUUUCCAGCUUUUUCAGGCCUUUAAAGUAGGCAAUUGUCUCUUCCAAGCGUCUAGAAACCAAAGCUACUAAAUUUCCUGGAAGAAAAUGUAUGAUUACUACGGAACUAGUUACAUGCCAUAAAUCUGUUAAAGAAUUCUUCCAUUUUGGGGACAGGCAUGUUGACUCAACUGUCUGGAGGAAAUUAAAAAUAAUUCCGAAAGUCUGUAAGUUAUAGUCUCCCCAUCUACAGUGAAAAUUUGAAGCUUUUCCAGGUACUUGACGUAAUCAAUUGUUUCUUCGAGGGAUAUGGAAAAAAAUGUUUAAUUAGUCCAGUAGGAGUGCCUGGAAGUUGUCAUGUCUUUAGUUAAAGCCAGUUUUUCCACUCCAAUCAAUCCAACUGGCUUCCUUAAAGAAAUUAAAGCGUCCCAACCUAAGUUGCUUUUAAAAUGGAAAAUUGCUUCAAGCAUUCAAAAGGAAACCGAACGUUAGUAACUUAAACGUUUUCACUUUAAAUUCAUGCAACAUUAAGUAAUCGGUUGCCUCUUCCGGGCAUUUCGAAAGAAAAGUUUCCCGGAGAAACAUGAGAAACUAGUCCAGGAGCGCUUGGAAGUUAUCAUCCCUUUACUUACUGUCAAAUAUUCCAAAAUGGCAAAAUUUCCAGUUUUAUGGCAUCCCCGUCGUACAUGAUCAAACCGAGUGUCUCUUAGAGGGAUUUGAAAGAAAAAAUCUCGAAUUUCUUGGAAGCAAUGGAGGAACUAGUUCGAGAGUAUCUGAAAGUUUAUAUCAUUUUAUUUCCCACUAUCAAAUAUAUCCCCAAAAAAUGUCCAUUUUAAGGCAUUUGGAAAGAUCAAAUGGGUUUCGUCAAAUGUCUGAAAGAGCCAUAAAAUUGGAAAUUUUGAGAGGGUAGCAAAAAGGAUGAUAACUUCCAGGACUAAUUUCUCGAUUUUUUUCCGGGAACUUGCAGCAAGGUUUUCCUUUGAAACUCCUCCAGAGCCAAAUUGUUUGAUGCCUGGAAAAGCCUUAAUUAUUACUCCCAGAUAGUGGGGAAAAUUGAAAAGUUACUCCAAGUGUCUGAGUUAUCCCCUCUUCAUCCACUUUUACUAAACCCGAACUUUCUCCAGUUUAAUACACGAUUAAAAGGGGAGGAGGGUACGAUAUCAAUAAGGUUCGAAACUUCGACCUAUAACAGUCGGUUACCAACGUGUAGCCUGUGAUAAUUCGUAGAUAACAUUUGUCCGGAUCAUGAGUCAUUGAUUAUGAUGAAUUAUCAGAUUAAGAGGUAGUUUAUUUUUUAUAUUGUAUACCUGGUUUGUAGCAUUGUAUUUUGGUUGUAAGGAUUUAAAAAGAAAACAAAAAAGUAAUUUUUAAGAGAUACUUAUUACUAGUCACGUGUUAAUUCUUCAUGUAGCAAAUAAUAAUUUCAGUGCCUAAACUAGUAAAUUAUUUAAUCUGUAUAUAAAUGUAUAUAUAACUUGUACAAAUUAAAAAUAAAUUAAUUCUUUAUUAACAGUUUUG